CGGGCGGUGCAAGGGGAAGCCCGAGCCCGCUCUCCCGGCCAAAGUGAACUUUAAUCGGGGUGGUUGGAUGCGGAGACGGGGCGGCAGGACCUGCUAGAAGUGGCCGAAGAUGAAUCCCCAGCAGCAGCGCAUGGCCGCUAUAGGGACCGACAAGGAGCUGAGCGACCUGCUGGACUUCAGUGCGAUGUUUUCCCCACCUGUUAAUAGUGGGAAAACCAGACCAACGACACUGGGAAGCAGUCAGUUCAGUGGAUCAGCCAUUGUCUUCAGCAGAAAGGAGUCAUUGAUGCUAAAGGAUGACUCUUGCCUUUGUCAGUGCCAGCCACGGCCUUCUACUCAGAGUCUGGGUAUGGAUGAACGUGGAAGUACAACAUCUUGGGGAACAAGUGGUCAACCAAGCCCCUCUUAUGACUCAUCUAGAGGUUUCACAGACAGCCCUCAUUACAGUGAUCACUUGAAUGACAGUCGAUUAGGGGCCCAUGAAGGCUUGUCCCCAACACCUUUCAUGAACUCAAAUCUGAUGGGAAAAACGUCAGAGAGAGGUUCGUUUUCCCUGUAUAGCAGAGAUACCGGAUUACCAGGCUGUCAAUCUAGUCUCCUGAGACAAGACCUAGGGCUUGGAAGCCCAGCACAGCUGUCUUCUUCUGGAAAACCUGGGACACCAUACUACUCAUUCUCUGCCACAAGUUCCAGGAGAAGACCACUCCAUGACUCUGCAGCACUUGAUCCUUUGCAAGCAAAGAAAGUCAGAAAGGUGCCUCCUGGUUUGCCUUCUUCUGUAUAUGCACCAUCCCCAAAUUCAGAUGAUUUCAACCGUGAAUCUCCUAGUUAUCCAUCUCCCAAGCCACCAACCAGUAUGUUUGCUAGCACUUUCUUUAUGCAAGAUGGGACCCACAAUUCUUCUGACCUUUGGAGUUCAUCAAAUGGGAUGAGCCAGCCUGGUUUUGGUGGAAUUCUGGGGACCUCCACUUCUCACAUGUCUCAAUCCAGUAGUUAUGGCAGCCUUCAUUCACAUGACCGCUUGAGUUAUCCUCCACACUCAGUUUCACCAACAGACAUAAACACAAGUCUUCCACCAAUGUCCAGCUUCCAUCGCGGCAGUACCAGCAGUUCGCCUUAUGUUGCUGCCUCACACACUCCUCCCAUCAAUGGAUCAGAUAGCAUUCUAGGAACCAGAGGGAAUGCUGCUGGAAGCUCACAGACAGGUGAUGCACUUGGAAAGGCUUUGGCAUCUAUUUAUUCUCCUGACCAUACCAGCAGUAGUUUUCCAUCAAAUCCAUCAACACCAGUUGGAUCACCCUCACCUCUCACAGGUACCAGUCAAUGGCCCAGACCUGGAGGGCAAGCUCCUUCAUCCCCAAGCUAUGAGAACUCACUUCACUCCCUGAAAAAUCGAGUUGAGCAGCAACUUCACGAGCAUUUGCAAGAUGCAAUGUCCUUCUUAAAGGAUGUCUGUGAGCAGUCUCGAAUGGAGGAUCGUUUAGACAGACUGGAUGAUGCUAUCCAUGUGCUGCGGAACCAUGCCGUGGGACCUUCCACCAGUUUGCCUGCUGGUCACAGUGAUAUACACAGUUUAUUGGGACCAUCCCAUAGUGCACCAAUUGGAAGCCUCAGUUCAAACUAUGGUGGAUCAAGCCUUGUUACAAGCAGUCGAUCUGCUUCAAUGGUUGGAACUCAUCGAGAAGACUCUGUCAGUCUCAAUGGCAAUCAUUCAGUCCUGUCUAGUACAGUCACUACUUCAAGCACAGACUUGAACCAUAAAACACAAGAAAAUUAUAGAGGUGGCUUGCAAAGUCAGUCUGGAACUGUUGUUCCAGCAGAAAUCAAGACUGAAAAUAAAGAAAAAGAUGAAAACCUUCAUGAACCUCCUUCAUCAGAUGACAUGAAAUCAGAUGAUGAAUCCUCCCAAAAAGAUAUCAAGGUUUCAUCUAGAGGCAGAACAAGCAGUACUAAUGAAGAUGAGGAUUUGAACCCAGAACAGAAGAUAGAAAGAGAGAAGGAAAGGCGGAUGGCUAACAAUGCCAGAGAACGCUUGCGUGUGCGAGAUAUUAAUGAGGCAUUCAAAGAGCUUGGUCGAAUGUGUCAGCUUCAUUUAAAGAGUGAAAAACCCCAAACAAAACUCCUCAUUCUUCAUCAGGCCGUGGCAGUCAUCCUUAGUCUAGAACAGCAAGUCAGAGAGAGGAACCUUAACCCCAAAGCAGCCUGCCUUAAGAGAAGAGAAGAAGAAAAAGUUUCUGCCGUAUCGGCAGAGCCACCAACCACGCUGCCAGGAACCCAUCCUGGGCUUAGUGAAACUACCAACCCUAUGGGUCAUAUGUAAACAUCAGCCAGGUAAGUAUGGGUAUGAAGAGAAAAUACAAGGAAAUCUACUUCAUCUUAAACUGAGUUAGAACCUUUGAACAGAAUUCUCUGGUGACAUUGAUCAUGGUAAAGGUCACAUGUAAUUUGGAAUCCAACAGUUUACCUUUCUGUUGUAUAAUUAUACUUAGAGAACCAAUCCCAUUUUAUACCAAAUUACUGUCUCUUCAAAGUGUGAUAGUCUCCUGUGAUUUAUAAAGCAUUUUGGGUUCUCCUGUUCUGGAUCAUCAUGUAUACUGUCUCACAUGAAUAGCAUUCUGAUCCAAGAAGAAAACAGGGCAAUGACUCAUCCAUCAAAAAAUAGUUUUGCUACCACUCAUACUCCUCAUUCCUCUACUCAGAAAUACUUGACUGUAUCAUCAACCAGUUUUCUGUUAACCAUCUUUCUCUUCUUUGUCAUGAAAUCUUUAUACACAAAAGAGUAUUGCUUGCUUCUAUUUGAAUCAAUAAUGCAAGUUUGUAAUCUGCAUCUUCCUUCCCCUGUAAGCAUAUCAGUUACACCUUCUGGAAUCUACUAAUGAAUGUAAAGGUGUUAUAUAUGAUAGAACCAGAACGCCCUUCUCUCUGGAAUUUUACUUGUUAAAAGACUGUUCUUUUUAUCUUCCUCUUCAUAGACUAAACAUAAUCCACUUCCUUGUGAUUUUUUUUUUUAAGCAAAGUGACAAAAGUAAUAUGAGGUUGUUGCCCAAGUAGUUAGAUCGUCUGUUCCUUAACUAUAUACAUUCACAUUAUCUAUAAUUUAAGUUGUAAAAUUAUUAUUUAGGUGGCAGAAAUUAACAUAGACUGUACUUAAAUAUUUGGGGCAAUAACAAAAUAUAGCUAGCAGCAUGGAUUAGGAAUAGAACUGGUAAUUUCAUUUUUAUAAUCUGCCUUCAGCAGUGUGUAGUUCUUUUAGCAGUUUCAUCAGCAGAUUAAAAGCAGUAAGUAAAGGUGUGUGGAUGGGAGGUGUGGAGCAGGAAAAAAAUAUCAAGUGCAAUUUCAUUUGGUCAGCUUUGUGGCUACCUCAUUUUGAGUUGAAAGUCUGGAAUUCGAUAGAAUAUUUUGUAAACUGCAAACAUUAGUCAAUAACUCACCUUUUCCUGAAGCAUUUGGUUCCUACUACCUCUACAUAUAUCCCCCUUAGGAUCAAACUAGACCAAAACUGAAGAUUUCAUUUGGGGACAAAAGGAGGAAGGGUUGAUGUAAUCAUUUAAGUGUUAAUUGUAGUUGUAACAUUAGCACGCUGGAGAAAACUCAACCACCUCCCCCAGAGAAAAUAACCAGCAAUCUAACAGAUUGUGCAUGUCAAAGAGACUUUGGGCAGGAGCUAGUUAACUUAAACAGCCUCUGAAACCCAAGCCAUUGUUUCAUAUUCUGUGGGAAAUAUAGAAUAUCAUGAAAACAUUUUUGUUCAAAAAUAAACUUUGAAGUUUUAAAAUAAAAACAUGCCAGUGUUUUUCAAUGCAAAAGUGACUUUCUAAAUUGGCAGAUCAUUUCGAAGAUGAGGGAUGAGAGGUAACUUCUUAUACUCAGGUCCCAGUAACUGCUGGGCUGUGGAAGGAGCACUUAACAUUCGGCUAUCACGUUUAUCUCAGAGCAUGUCUUAUUUUUCUUGUCUCUCUAGUUUGUUGUACCCGGUUCCUCUUAUUCUCUUCCCAGUCUCCCCCUAGCUUUUUCUCCUUCAGCUCUCUCUCUACUUCACAUCUCUCUUCUCUCCUGUUUACUUCCUGUUGUUUUACUCCUUCUGUAUCUCAUACUGCUUUCAUAUCUCUACCCUUAUCUCUGUAAUGAGGAAAUUCCCCCACUUAGGUUAAAUUAAACCUUGAGCAUUCUCACCUGUCAAAAAGAGAUCACGACUCCUUUAAAAAACAAAAAGGCUUCAAGGUUAUAAGCAGUGUUGUAAAUGUACGUUGUUUCAUAAAAUUUCAUAGGCUAAUGUUUAUUAUCUUAAAAUAUGUCUUAAAGAUUUCUAACUCCAUAAAGGUAGUGAUCUGGUUUCACCUGAAACCUUCAGUUCUUUGUAGAACUAGAUAGUAGAUGAAGACCAGCAAGAGAGUGGGCAGCAGAACUACUUGCUAGAAUUAAAAUAGCUGAUAAAUGAGCACAGGUGACCAACCGUAAAAGCACAAGAAUUCACCACAAUGUAAUGUAAGGCCAAGUAGCUCUGAAUAUCUGUUAUCCAUCCCUAAAAGCAUUACUCUAUUACAAAACAAUACUGUGGUUAUAGUUUAAUAAGGAAGUGAAAGCUAUGAUUCUUCCUAAAACUAUUUCCAUCAAAAAUGGUUAAAAGGAAAAUCUGAGUUAUUACUAUAUAU